AUGACUGGCACAAAAAAUAUGAUCGUCUACGGCUUCGGCACGGAAACCGUCCCCUCUAUGAAAAAGGACCCUCGAUUCUUCACACCAGAGGUCUAUCACACCAUGAACAUCAUCAACGAAUGUGACAAGGAAGAGCACUCACGUAUGAGGCGGAUGCUUAGCUUUGCAUUCAGCAUGUCCAAUCUGAUGCGGAAUGAAGACGUCCUCAUACGCCGAACUGAUGACUUCUUGGACGCGAUUGGCGGCAUCGAGAGCGAGGAUGGGAAAAACGGAAUCAACAUUGUCCGAAAGUUCAACUAUGUGACCUUCAACAUUAUGGGUGAAAUGUCCUUUGGCGAUUCUUGGGAUUUGCGAUUGAAGGAGCAAGCAGAGCAUCGUUACCAUUGGGCUGACGUGAUUGUCAACUCCACCUACAUGAACGACGUCAUGCGCGCUGUUGUUUGCGUUCCUGGUUUAUUCUCUUUCCUCGAACGAUUUCCGCCCGCUCACAGCAAACAAACGCUCUACCGGCACGCUGAGUACACAACAGAGCACACCGAAGCCCGCCUCAAACUUCAGACCGACCGCAAAGACUUCAUGUACCACAUCCUCAACGCCAAAGGCCUCGCUGCAACCCCAAAAGAAAUCGCUUCCCACUACAACGUCAUCAUGAUGGCCGGCGCCGUCACCACCGCCACUUUCCUGUCCGGCGUUAUGUACUAUCUUGGCCAUAAUCGUCAAGCCCUUAACAGGCUACAGGAUGAGCUGUGUAGCAAGUUUCCGAGCAUCGAGGCUAUCGAUAGCAAGGGCUUGCUGGACUGCGUGUAUUUGAACGCCGUAGUUGAAGAGGGUUUAAGAAUUUAUCCCCCAGCUGGUGCAGCCCAUUUGAGCCGGAUCGUUCCAAUGGGCGGUCUCGCGUACCUUGAAAUGCGCAUGGUCCUCGCCAAGUUGUUCUGGAAAUACGAUUUGUGCUGGUUUAACAGCGAGGAUGUGGAUUGGGAGAGGGAUACCAGAGGUUAUACCCUAUGGGAGAAGCCGGAGCUUAGGUGCACUUUUCGGGAGAGGGUGAUGUGA